AUGAAUGUGAUUAAGCACAGACUUUGCUCUAAAAGGGUUUUACUAAUUCUUGAUGAUGUGGAUGAGUUGGUCCAAAUUGAAAAAUUAGUUGGAGAUCGCGAUUGGUUUGGUUUGGAAAGUAGAAUUAUCGUGACAACAAGAGAUCAACAAUUACUAAAAAUCUUUGAAGUUGAUCCAAAAUACGAGUUGAAGCUCUUGUAUGAAGAUGAAGCUCUUCGGCUCUUUAGCUUGCAUGCUUUCAAGAAAGAAGAACCACUUGAUGGGUAUGUGGAACUCUCUAAGCAAGUAAUAAAAUAUGCUCAGGGCCUUCCACUGGCUUUAACAGUGCUAGGAUCGGAUCUAAAAGGUAAAAGUAGACCUCAAUGGAAAAGUGCAUUGGAAAAGUAUAAAAGCGUUCACCACAAAAAUAUUCACUACAACAUAAUGGACUUCUCCCAACGACUAUAA